UAGCUUAUCUUCCAGCUAGGUUAGCCUCCCACCUAGUUAGCUUUGCCUUGUCAGUAAAGAACAGAUUGCUGUUGCACUUUAAUUAAUGCAUGGACAUUUCCUAAAACAACUCAUUUUGUCUUUGCCCCAACUAGAACAGGUUAGGACUAGUUUAAUAUUAUUUCACCAACUCAUUUUCCUUGAAAAAAUUUGUAAGGCUAACAUAGCUAAUUGAAUGGUAUGGUGGCGAGCUGGUUAGCGUAGCACUUUCAGUAUUAGCUAGUUCUUAGCUAGCUGAUUCAGCAUAACACAAAUAAAGCGAAGCCGGAAAACAUGUCCUGUGCAUGCACCUCAGCGGCACGACUGCUCAUGAAUUCAGCCCACAAAGGGUUUUCAGGCUCCAGAGCUCAGCUGCUCUCUCUUAGCCGACCAGUGGCUCACGAAAUCCGCCUGUCGCGAGUUGUCCCCAUCAGACCCUUCUCAGAGUCGUCGGUGUAUUAUGCGCCUAAGGACGUAACCAAAGACGGCGACGGUGGAAAGAAAUCUGUGGGUGAUGGAAGUGGUAAAAGAUCCAGCUCAGGCAACUCAGGGAAGGGUGGCAGUCAGCUUCGUUGCCCCAAAUGCGGAGAUCCCUGCACACAUGUGGAAACAUUUGUUUCCUCAACUAGAUUUGUCAAAUGUGAAAAAUGCCAUCACUUUUUCGUGGUGCUCUCGGAAACGGACACUAAGAAGAGUCUGAAUAAAGAUCCUGAAUCAGCUGCUGAAGCUGUGAAGCUGGCCUUCCAACAGAAACCCCCACCACCCCCCAAGAAGAUCUAUGCCUAUCUCGACAAGUAUGUUGUGGGUCAGGCCCAUGCAAAGAAGGUGCUGUCGGUAGCUGUGUACAACCACUACAAACGCAUUUAUAACAACAUGCCAGCCAGCUCCAGACAACACCAGGCAGAGGUGGAGAAGCAGGCCUCUCUCACACCCCGAGAGCUAGAGCUAAGACGUCGGGAGGAUGAGUACAGAUUCACAAAGCUGCUGCAGAUUGCAGGGAUCAGCCCCCAUGGCAAUGCUUUAGGAGCCUCCAUGCAGCAGCAGGUGAACCAGCAGGCUCCUCAAGAAAGAAGAGGAGGAGAUGUGCUUGACUCCACCCACACUGACAUCAAGUUGGAGAAGAGUAACAUCAUACUGCUGGGACCCACAGGCUCUGGAAAAACUCUCUUAGCCCAAACUCUGGCUAAAUGCCUGGAUGUCCCUUUUGCGAUCUGCGACUGCACUACCCUCACACAGGCCGGCUACGUGGGCGAGGACAUUGAGUCGGUCAUUGCCAAGCUACUGCAGGAUGCCAACUAUGUUAUUGAGAAGGCUCAGCAGGGCAUUGUUUUCUUGGAUGAAGUUGACAAAAUUGGCAGUGUGCCCGGGAUCCAUCAGUUGAGAGAUGUGGGUGGAGAAGGUGUGCAGCAGGGAUUACUCAAACUCCUGGAGGGUACUAUUGUAAACGUUCCUGAAAAAAACACCAGGAAGCUGAGAGGAGAGACUGUACAAGUUGACACGACAAACAUCUUAUUUGUGGCAUCUGGUGCUUUCAAUGGGCUGGACCGUAUAAUCAGCAGAAGAAAGAAUGAGAAGUACCUGGGCUUUGGAGCACCAUCUAGUUUGGGUAAAGGCCGAAGGGCCGCAGCUGCAGCUGACGUGGCCCACAUGACUGGUGGCGAGAUGGACGCUGUGGCUGAGAUUGAAGAGAGAGACCGGCUACUGAAGCAUGUGGAGGCGCGUGACCUCAUAGAGUUCGGCAUGAUACCCGAGUUUGUGGGCCGUCUGCCCGUGGUUGUGCCGCUCCACAGCUUGGAUGAGGACACGCUCGUCCGCAUCCUGACUGAACCCCGUAACGCUGUGGUACCCCAGUACCAAGCUCUCUUCAGCAUGGACAAGUGUGACCUCUCUGUGACCCCCACUGCUCUGCGGGCUAUUGCCAGAAUGGCGCUUGAACGGAAGACAGGAGCCCGAGGACUUCGAUCAAUAAUGGAGAAGCUGCUACUGGACCCGAUGUUUGAAGUCCCUCACUCGGACAUCGUAGCUGUGGAAGUAAACGAGGAAGUGGUACUGGGAAAAACGGCACCUCAAUACAUCAGAGCCCCGACGAAAGAGCCAGCAGAGGAGGAGUACGACUCAGGAAUCGAAGAAGAGAACUGGACCAGGCUGCAGGUUGAUGCAGCCAAGAAUUAAUACAGUCAAUAUAAUCUUGUUCAAGCUUCUUGUAUAAGCUCUUAAUGAUGACCUGUUCCAGUCCAUUAAGUGAUCAAUCGACACGCAAGUACUUCCGAAGGCUCAUGUACACACCGAAACGCAGCCCUGAGUGAUCUGUCCUAAUUUGUAAGCUGUAAGUUACAGUGUGAUAUACUGCAUAUAUCCUGAACUUUGUGAAGACAAUUGUGUUUAAGAGAAACGUGCUGAAUUUAACUACGCCUCAGAGUGAGCGACUGUUAAUAUUAAAUGUAAAAAAAAAAAAAGAAAAAAAUAUUUUAUUCCUUAUAAAAUGAAUGACGUGUUUGAUUUUUAUGAGCUCUUUUUGAACCAGAUAGUUAAGCAGAUUAAGGUUAUAAGUUCACUUGGAAAGUAAAAUCCACAUCCAGUCACUUUUCCUUUGUAAUUCUGACCUUUACCAGCCGAGGCACUUCCAUCCGUUAUCCACGUUGGUUGACAUUGCUGUGUGCCUCUUUUUUUAGGGAAAUGACUCGUAUCGUGGCGCCCCAGAUGGGCUUCUCACCAAAACUACUUUGUAACGAGUUUUUACAGCUCUCUAUCAGAGUAUCUGCUGCUGUCACUGUUACUCCAGCUGCAGUAUUUUUGUGCAUGGGUUUAUUUUAAUGGACUGAUUUCAACCAGAAACUAAAGUGUCCAGUCUUAUCCAGAAAGUGCCGGUGUGGGUGCAGGUUUUUAUUCCAACUGAGCAGAAGUCACAUAUAUAGUAUACAGUAUACAGUAAGCCAAGAUCAACUGAUUAAACAAGUGGAAUCAGGUCUGAUCGAUUGGGAAUAAAAACCUGCACCCACACACUACUGACCCUUUGUGGAGAGGAUUGGACACCACCGAACUAAAGACUGAUACUAAACACUUCUGACUCGAUGGUCCUUUGUGGGAAGGUAGGCUGGAUUUUAAGCAAUGUGUUCUUGCUGUAACACAGUACAUGGUUACUCCAGUUACAUGCAUUCAGUCCUGCUUCAGGAGUAACGCUCAUCUCUCUCCUGCUUGCUUGUGUGUAAAGGUCAUAAUUUGAUUAUAGCCUUAAAUCACCUUCUUCCUCAGAACAGUUUGGUGUAGCACCGCUUGUUCUGCAAUUUUAUUAAUUAGAGGUAUUGCUGAGCCAAGUAUUUUUUUGUUUGUUUGUUUCUUUAGUAAAGAUUGUUUGCCUAUAGAUUGCACUUCCUUGACUGCUUACUUUGUAUACCUUUCUGCUUAGCCUUAACAUCACAGGGCAUCAUCUCUUUGUUCUGCUUCCUACAUUUACAAAUAAAUGCUUGUUAAUUUUCCAGUGCAAGCAGGAGAGAGUAUAGAGAUUUGGUUAAUUUAACCAGUUCACAUGUGGAAUAGGGAACAGUUGGGCAUUAGGGUAAACAGAGUAGCUUGUUAUUUCUCACUUGCAUAUCUGGCAAAGAGCAGCUGUAUCAGCUCCAAGAGCAAGUUUAGGUUUAAUCCCAUCGUUAAUCUCGUGCUGCAGAAUGUAGCCUUCAUAUUUCAGUUACCACAAGUGAUUUUAGACGGCUGAUUCUUGAUCAAAAACUCUUACCCGGAGAUUGAACUGGAGCCCAGCCUUCAUCAGUCUUUUGUAGAAUGUCUUGUAAAAUGUAUGGAUUAAUAAAGCUGUCCUUGACUUUCCAA